GCAGCGAGCGAGCUGCACGCUUUUUCAGUUGAGGAGGAGAGAGGGAGAGGGGUUGUACUCCAGUGCCUUCUGCCUGUGUUCAGUAUUCCUGCUUCUCCACCCACCCAGUAUCCUUGCAACACAGAGCAGACCACAUCUCAGGAGAGCUGCCUUGUGUAAUUCUCUCCCCAUCCCCUCCCAUCCCCUCCCCUCUCCUCCUCCCCCCCUCUAUCCCUCUCAGUCUUAUCUCGCCUGCCCUCUCCUCCUCUCACCUUGACAUAACCCGUGCCGAGCCAAGGACUGGAGCCGUGAGACAGUGGACAAACUUUGAUUUUUGCAGACAUCCUCUAGUGAAAUGAGAAGAGAGGGGGAGAGAGAGAGAGAGUCGGCCGGAGUGGAUGCUGAGAGUGGUGGAGCCAUGAGAACAUCGACCUGCGUUUGACUCGAGUUGGAUCUUCAGGCACAACCCAACGGAGAGAAUUCCAGGUGACCCGCAGCUGAAGAUCUAUUGAAGGGGCGAGCAUCGGAAGCGUCCGUGACAAAGGAUGGACGUGAAGGACCGAAGGCACCGCUCGCUGACCCGCGGGAGGUGCGCCAAGGACUGCCGCUACACUAGCUCUUCGUUGGACAGUGAAGAGUGCAGGGUGCCCACACAGAAGUCGUACAGCUCGAGUGAGACCCUCAAGGCCUACGACCACGAUGCCAGGCUUCAUUACGGCACGCGGGUGACUGAACUGGUCCACAGAGAGGCAGACGAAUUCUCCAGGCAAGGAGCCAAUUUCACUCUGACUGAGCUGGGAAUCUGUGAGCCCUCCCCCCACCACAGCACGGCCUACGGUCCGGACAUGGGGCUCCUGCACCGCGGCUACUCGCUGAGCGACGCUGACUCGGACACUGAAGGUGCCAUUUCUCCAGAGCAUGCUAUUAGGUUGUGGGGGAGGGGCAUCAAGUCCAGGCGUGGCUCUGGCCUGUCCAGUCGGGAGAACUCAGCCCUCACGCUGACCGAUUCAGAGAACGAGAAGGAAUCGGAGGAGGAGGAAGGUACGUACGCUCAAACAGAUAGUCAACCUGCCGUGUCUCGGACGGCGGUGGAGGCCCGCUGCCCACCGUGGCCUCCUCUGCUUCUCCACCACAGGCCACGUUUGUCAAGUAUUCCGAUGCUCCCGAUGCUUUUUGAAGGCCGAUCGUUCCUCGGCUCACAGUUCUGUUCCAACAGGAAAAAAAAGUAGGAUAAUAAUGCCCCCGUCCCACUUAGGAAACCUGAACGGAGACCUCUGGAGACUUUGCGCCCCACCAAUGGUUUCCGUGC